GUGGUGGAAACCGUUUCUCUCUCUGUAGAUCAGUUUGUCUCUGACUCUCCACAGAGGUUUAAUGGCGACGAAGCUGUCGACCCUUUAUGUGGGGCAUGGCUGGAAUGGCUUUCGCUUCUCCAGUAACUGGAAUCCACGGCUGCCUGUAACUCCUGCUCGCUUGCUACCUAUCUACUGCAAGAUGCGCCAGAGGACCUUCAGUUCCCAACAUAAGAGGCAGCAGGCCAAGAAAUUCUCUCCUAAACCACCUCCAAUGGAUGCAAAACUUCAGACAAGUGAUGAUGAAUGCAGUGAAGUUCAAAAUACUACUACAGAUGCCAUCACAAAUUCCCCCGAGGCAACCACAUCAUCCAGUGCUAAUGUUGAUACUUGUCUUCCUGCUGAAAAUACUGAGACAUUUUCUUACAGUUCAACUCUUGUGGAUGAAAAACCUCCGACAGAGAAUGGUGAUGGUGGAGAGCAGCUAUCAAUUGUUAGACUUGAGGAUUUGAUAGGAAUGAUAAGGAAUGCUGAAAAAAAUAUCUUGCUUCUGAAUGAAGCUCGGAUUCGUGCACUUAAAGAUCUUGAAAAUAUUCUUAGUGAGAAGGAGGCUUUGCAAGGAGAGAUCAACAUCUUGGAGAUGAGGCUGGCAGAAACUGAUGCAAAGAUUAAAGUUGCUGCUCAAGAAAAAAUACAUGUGGAAGUCCUUGAACAUCAGUUGGAGAAGUUGAAGAAUGAGCUUGCAGGAAGAACAACUGCUGGGGAAAGUGGCCAUGAUGCAUAUGAGGACCGAGACCAAAUUUUGAAGGAAGGUCUUCUCUUACAUAAUAACAGCUUAUAUUCUCUUGGCGGGGUUCAAUCUCUCAGUGAGGAGUUUAGUUCAUUAAGGAACGAGAAUAUGUUGUUGAAGGAGGAUAUACGAGAACUUAAGGCAGAACUGAAUGAUGUCAUGCAAGCUGAUGAGCGUGUAUUGUUGCUAGAGAAAGAUUGCUCUUCUUUGGAGGCUGCAUUGAAGGAUUUGGAGUCUAAACUUGUGGUUGCUCAGGCAGAUGUUUCAAAGCUUUCUUAUUUGCAAUUUGAAUGUAUUGACCUGCGGGAGAAGAUAGGAAAUUUGCAGGGAUUUCUUGAUAAGGCAACUAAACAAGCAGAUCAAGCUAUAUUAGCAUUACAGGAAAAUCAUGAGCUACGAAAGAAGGUUGACAGUUUGGAAGAAUCCCUAGAAGAUGCACAUGCAUAUCGAUUAUCGUCAGAAAAGAUGCAACAAUAUAAUGAGCUUAUGCAACAGAAAAUUAGACUCUUGGAAGAGCGCCUUCAAAGGUCUGACCAGGAGAUUUAUUCUAAUAUUGAGUUAUACCAACAAUCUGUGAAGGAAUUUCAAGAUACGUUGAAUAGUCUGAAAGAAGAAAGCAAAAAGACACGAGAUGGACCUGUGGAUGAUAUGCCAUGGGAAUUUUGGAGUCGGCUAUUGCUCAGUAUAGAUGGUUGGCUGCUUGAGAAGAAAAUAUCAUCCAAUGAUGCAAAAAUUUUAAGAGAAAUGGCAUGGAAGAGAGAUGGACGUAUUCGUGACACAUACUUGGCAUGCAGGGACAGAAAUGAACAUGAAGCAGUGUCUAUGUUUCUUAGGCUGACGUCGUCACCAACACAUUCUGGGUUGCAUAUCAUCCAUAUUGCAGCAGAAAUGGCACCAGUUGCAAAAGUUGGUGGUCUGGGGGAUGUUGUGGCUGGUCUCAGUAAGGUGCUGCAGAAGAAAGGACAUCUUGUGGAAAUUGUUCUUCCAAAGUAUGAUUGCAUGCAAUAUGAUCGUAUUGGUGACUUAAGGGCCUUAGAUGUAGCAGUGGAGUCAUAUUUUGAUGGCCAGUUAUUUAAGAAUAGAAUUUGGGUUGGAACAAUUGAAGGUUUGCCUGUCUAUUUCAUUGAACCUCAUCAUCCGGCUAAGUUUUUCUGGAGGGGACAGGUUUAUGGGGAGCAUGAUGAUUUCAAACGUUUUUCUUUCUUCAGCCGUGCAGCACUUGAGUUGCUUCUUCAAGCUGGCAAGAAGCCCGACAUAAUUCACUGCCAUGAUUGGCAGACAGCUUUUGUUGCACCACUUUAUUGGGACAUAUAUGUUCACAAAGGUCUUGAUUCAGCUAGGAUAUGCUUUACAUGCCACAAUUUUGAGUAUCAAGGAAUAGCCUCUGCUUCAGAGUUGGCAUCCUGCGGCCUUGAUGUUCACCAGCUAAACAGACCAGAUAGGAUGCAGGAUAACUCAGCCCAUGGCAGAGUCAAUCCUGUCAAGGGUGCCAUUGUGUUUUCUAAUAUCGUGACAACAGUAUCACCCACGUAUGCGCUAGAGGUGCGGACUCCAGAGGUAAGAAUUAUUUUCUGGUGGAAUUUUAAUUGCUUGUGCUAUUAUUUUUAAUUAAUGCUAGUUGCU